CCCAAUCCCUCCCUCCUGCAACCCCCCAGGCACAGGGACAGCACAGCACAGCCGCUUCUCCGCCUUUUCAAAUCCCUCCCUCCUCCACCUUUCUCUGCCCUCCUCACCAUCCCCAUCUCCGUCUCCCGCGCCCCGCGGGCGCCCUCAUCCCCUCCCCGGCUUCAGGUUCAGGGAGUGAAAGGUAGGGGUAGGCGACGAGGUAGACGGAGACAUGUGGGGAUAGAGGAUUGGAUUUUAUAAUGGCGCAGGCUGCUGUUGAAUCCGCUCUGAGUGGUGGCUCAUUGAUUGGGAGGCAGACGGUGGUUCCAAGGAUGAAGAGGAAGACACCCUCGGAACUGAGAGGUGAGCAAUUGAAGCGGCACACUUCUGAAAAGCCAGCGAAUGAUCAGUUACCGCCUUCUACUGCAUUUGAUAGGUCAAGCAAUGGACUUCGGAAUACAGAACAACAAAAGAUAUCCAAAUACAUCAACACUCGUGUUACGGAGGUGUUCCCUGUGAAAAAACCAAGAAACCUUGGAAAGGAAAAUUGUAAGGAUACCUUGCAGAAUAAUGAUAAGGUUCCUAAGUCUGUUGAUGCUACGACGACUUCAAAUUUUGCAUCAUCUUCACUUCCAUGUGGUCAUGGUGACUCUGCUAAGUUGGAGUCUUCUGUUCCAUCAACGACGGAGGCGGCAAAACCAGGUUUCAAGAAAGUUGAGAAAUGCAGUGAAAAUGCUUUGCGGAGUGUAUCUGAGCUUCAUGUUGGCGAUGAGAAGCAGACUGGUUCUAACAAAUUUGAUAUGGAAAAAGUAUUGAAAGGGUUUGGAGCUCGUGAUUCUUUUGUGGUUUCUAGGCUCAAUGCCCCUAACGUACAAGUUGGUGAUGCUGUGCUGAAGUCAUCAGACAUGUGCCCUUCUAAGAUCACCAUUCCAGGAAAAAGAGCUCCUUUGGAUUUUACCUUGAAAACUACUUUGCAGUUUGUUUCAUCAUCGUCUGUGAAAUGGUGUCACAAGCUCAAUACAAGUUUUGGUAGGAGCAGCAUCACUGGAGCCAUUGCUCAGAGCUGUCGUCGUGGGUGUCAAAAUUUAGAGUGCCCAAGACCUGAGAGCAAAAAGGAGUUCUUGUUCUCGAAGGCACUACAAUCAUGGGUAUAUCCGCAAUCAUUGUUGCCUUCUUCCAUCAUAUCUGUCAUGCUCUCAUCAACUGCACGAGGAGAAAGCGACUUUCUUCUCAAAAGGCAUCAGGACUGGGAAGAUUCGUUUCAGAAUCUUUACUACAUGCUCCGGAAGAAUAUGUUGAAUAUAUUUUAUGUUUAUACGACACAAUUUGUUGCUCUCUUCAUCGGUGGAAAGUGUUUGGAGAAAAAGCAGUCCUGUAGUGCCUACUUAUCACAAUCUACACGUGGCCUACGCUCAUUACUACGGAAAUAUGGUGUCUGCUUUUCUAUGCCUCUUUGCAAUGCUGAAGUGGAGCAGGUUACUGAAGAUGACCUUAUUGAACUUUCAGAAAUCCAAAGGCGCAAUCUGGGCCAGGCACUCCAUUUAGAUGCUUUAUCUGAUGUGGACAACACCACACAGUCACUCCUUUCUUUUACUGGCAAGGAGAGCGUUCACGGCUUAUAUGAUGUUUUGUUGAACUACAAGUCCUUGCUGAACUCUUUAUCUGCUGCAGACGUCCCAGUCUUAUAUUCACCGCAGCCAUUUCAAAAUGGCUGUCUACAUAUUCCAGAGGUGAAAUGCAGGGAGAUGAGGAAAGCUGAUACGGGGCUGCUCUAUUCCGGUGGGUUUGACACCGAGCUGGGAUCAGCCUUUGCUCCUUCGACGGGCAAUAUCUGCUACAGCUUGGAGAUAAAGGACGCGGUUCUUCCACCAUGGGUUGUCUCUGGAAUCUGCGCUGCUAUGAGCUCAGACGCAAGCUUCGAUCUAACAAUCGCUACUGAGCCGUCGUCGAUGGGCUUGAACGUUGCCCUCAACUCCAUGGGCACGAACGCUCCGCCUGAGGCGCCGCCCUCCGACGGUCGUGCAUCGUUCGGCGUCCCUGACGCUGUGCUGGUUCCGUCCUUGCACUCCGCCUCGCUUCGGCGCCUCAGCUACACGGACGGCGAGUACGUCGCGUACACGACCGUGUGAACUCGAGCCGCAACACCCCGAAACAUAGUAGCCGAGCGAGAAGGGAGGGUGGUUCUUCUGUGCGAGUGCAACCACUUCUGUUCAGCGGGAGAAGAAGGUGGCUUUUUUUGCUGUCUGUGCAGCCUCCACGUCAAAGAAUCCUGAAACUUGGACUGCUGCAUUUUGUAAAACUUGCUGUGUAUCAUCUACAGGUGUUUUUGUAAUUUUGGAGCCUUGGAGCCUGUGUGAAUUAUCAUACAGGAUCUCUUGCGCUUGGAUGGUAAUUUAUGGAGCACUGGUUCUGAAAAAAGAGAAGAACAAUUCUUGCAUCCAGUC